GGCAAGUGGAAGUUAUAUUGUGAGUUAACAUUAUUCUUUCUUUUCCCCAGACUCUGCGUUACUGACUUAUACCACUUGUGACCAGGCUGGACCUGCUGUGUGACUAUAGCCGGCUGCAGUCGCAUCUUCGCCGUGCGCUUUGGUUAGUCUGGCUGUGUAGUGAGCUCUUGGGUGUGGUAGUUGGUCAGUCAUGGUUCUUCUGGUUGUGUUGGGUAGCCUGCUCCAGAUCCUGUUCCUGCGGUUGUGUGUGGGCCAGUUCCCCCGGCCUUGCGCCAACACAGAGGCGCUGCGUACCAAGCAGUGCUGCCCGGUGUGGGAAGGGGACGGGUCAGCCUGUGGAGCCACGUCGGGCCGAGGGUUCUGUCAGGACGUGACAGUAUCGGAAGAGCCCCACGGGCCACAGUACCCACACACUGGGAUAGACGACCGAGAGCGGUGGCCGCUGGCCUUCUACAACCGCACAUGCCAGUGUGCAGGUAACUACGGGGGUUUUGACUGUGGGGAGUGCAGGUUCGGCUACUUCGGCCCCGGCUGUGCCGAGCAGCGGGAGUCCGUGAGGAGGAACUUCCUCUCGCUGUCGGUGGCGGAACAACAGCGGUUCAUCGCCUACCUGAACUUGGCCAAGAACACCGUCACCGCUGACUACGUCAUUGUCACAGGAACUCGCGCUGAGAUGGGUACAAAUGGGGAGAACCCAAUGUUUUCUGACGUGAGUGUAUAUGACCUGUUUGUGUGGAUGCACUACUACGUGUCCAGGGACACACUGCUUGGGGGGCCAGGAAAUGUUUGGCCGGACAUAGACUUUGCACACGAGUCGGCGGCGUUCCUGCCAUGGCACCGAGUGUAUCUGCUGCACUGGGAGCACGAGAUCAGGAAGAUGACUGGGGAUUUUAACUUCACUAUCCCAUACUGGGACUGGCGGGAUGCAACAGACUGUACGGUGUGCACGGACAACCUGAUGGGUGGGCGGAGCCCGCUGAACCCCAGCCUCAUCAGCCCAGGCUCUGUGUUCUCUUCGUGGAAGGUGAUCUGUACCCAACCAGAGGAGUACAACAGCAGAGCAGCACUAUGUCCCGGGACAGGGGAGGGCCCUCUGCUGCGCAACCCUGGUAACCACGACCCUAACCGUGUGAGGCAUCUGCCCACCUCGGCCGACGUGGACUUCGUGGUGGGUAUAGAGACUUACGAGACGGGAGCCAUGGACCGCCAAGCUAACAUGAGCUUCAGGAACUCCCUGGAGGGUUUUGCGAGUCCUGAGACGGGGAUGGCUAUAACAGGACAGAGUACGAUGCACAACGCCCUCCACGUCUUCAUGAACGGAACCAUGAGCUCAGUACAGGGCUCAGCCAAUGAUCCCAUCUUCCUCCUGCACCACACCUUCAUAGACAGUAUCUAUGAACAGUGGUUGAGGAGACACACGCCGCCUCGCUCCCGCUACCCAACAGCCAACGCUCCGAUUGGUCACAACGAUGGUUACUACAUGGUUCCCUUCCUGCCACUCUACCGCAACGGUGACUACUUCCUUGGCAACAAGGUCCUGGGUUACGAAUACUCCUACCUGCUUGACCCAGGAACGAGGUUUGUCCAGGAGUUCCUGACUCCCUACAUGCAGGAGGCUCAGCUGAUCUGGCAGUGGCUCCUGGGAGCAGGACUCAUCGGGGCCAUCCUGGCAGGAAUUGUCAUGACGACCGGGGCCCUGUUUGUCAGGAGGAGGAGCCAGAACAGGAAGAUGAAGUCGACUUCAUCCUUCGGGGAGAGACAGCCCCUCUUACAUAGCAGCUCAGAGGAAGGAUCAGGGACCUCCUACCAGACCACACUGUAAUACACACACACACACAAACACAAACACACACACACUAAGACACAAUCACACAAAGAAACACACACACUAAGAAACACACACACACACACUCCAGAGACAUUUCAUUCCAAUAUGCCUCGUUCUGCUGCUCUUGAUCUGGGAGUUAAUCUGACACAUAUCAAACAGUAGGAAGACGUUCAGAGACAGACAUGAAAUGAUAAAUCAUAUUAAAGUCCAACUGCAGUCCAGUCUUGAGUCCCGUUCAGGACCAUGACACUACAGUCAAACUGUAUGGGACAGGUAUUUGGGUCUGUUAGUGUUGGUUUUGUUUCCACUCAGUGCUGUCUAUGGGUCCCUGUCCCCAUUCCCCCCGUCCUUCCCCCCGUCCUUCCCCUCUCCCCACUGCCAUGGAGAUGCUGGUGCUAUGGGGAUGUUGUACUGUGUACUGUACUGUACUGUGUACUGUAUGAUAAUGUAUACUGUUGAUACUGUGUACUGUAUGAUAAUUUAUACUGUUGAUACUGUAUUAUACUGUGUACUGCAUUAUACUGUGUUCUGUAUGAUAAUGUA